AGCGACGGGGGUCACGGCGGGGGUCAGAGGGUAAAGGUCUUGCUCCCAGCAGCCUCCGCGGUGGAUACGUCGCCAUCUUGGAUCCGCGGGACAAGAAAAUUCAUGCGAGGGAGAACUGGUGGGCGGUCCUUCCUGUGACACGACCCUUGAGUGACAGUUCUAUUUGAUUGCCUCCAGUACUGUGAGGAAAGGACACGACUCUAUGGUGAGGACUGAUGGACAUACAUUAUCUGAGAAAAGAAACUACCAGCCUCCAGCUCUGAGCUUUCCCAUCCCCAGAGUAGCAAAUGUUGAAAGAAGUUGCACAGGUGACAAACAGCAUGUUUGGUGCUUCAAGAAAGAAGUUUGUAGAGGGGGUGGACAGCGACUACCAUGAUGAAAACAUGUACUACAGCCAGUCUUCUAUGUUCCCACAUCGGUCAGAGAAAGAUAUGCUGGCAUCACCAUCUACAUCAGGUCAGCUGUCUCAAUUUGGGGCAAGUUUAUACGGGCAACAAAGUGCACUAGGCCUUCCAAUGAGGGGGAUGAGCAACAAUACCCCUCAGUUAAAUCGCAGCUUAUCACAAGGCACUCAGUUACCGAGCCACGUCACGCCAACAACAGGGGUACCAACAAUGUCACUUCACACGCCUCCAUCUCCAAGCAGGGGUAUUUUGCCUAUGAAUCCUAGGAAUAUGAUGAACCACUCCCAGGUUGGUCAGGGCAUUGGAAUUCCUAGCAGGACAAAUAGCAUGAGCAGUUCAGGGUUAGGUAGCCCCAACAGAAGCUCGCCAAGCAUAAUAUGUAUGCCAAAGCAGCAGCCUUCUCGACAGCCUUUUACUGUGAACAGUAUGUCUGGAUUUGGAAUGAACAGGAAUCAGGCAUUUGGAAUGAAUAACUCCUUAUCAAGUAACAUUUUUAAUGGAACAGACGGCAGUGAAAAUGUGACAGGAUUGGACCUUUCAGAUUUCCCAGCAUUAGCAGACCGGAAUAGAAGGGAAGGAAGUGGCAACCCAACUCCAUUAAUAAACCCCUUGGCUGGAAGAGCCCCUUACGUUGGAAUGGUAACAAAACCUGCAAAUGAGCAAUCCCAGGACUUCUCAAUACACAACGAAGAUUUCCCAGCACUACCUGGCUCCAGCUAUAAAGACCCAACGUCGAGUAAUGACGACAGCAAGUCUAAUUUGAGUACAUCGGGGAAGACGACUUCAAGUACAGAUGGGCCCAAAUUUCCUGGAGAUAAAAGUUCAACAACACAAAACAAUAAUCAGCAGAAAAAGGGGAUCCAGGUGUUACCUGAUGGUCGAGUUACUAACAUUCCUCAAGGGAUGGUGACGGACCAAUUUGGAAUGAUUGGCCUGUUAACAUUUAUCAGGGCAGCAGAGACAGACCCGGGAAUGGUACAUCUUGCUUUAGGAAGUGACUUAACAACAUUAGGCCUCAAUCUGAACUCACCCGAAAAUCUCUACCCCAAAUUUGCAUCACCCUGGGCUUCUUCACCUUGUCGACCUCAAGAUAUAGACUUCCAUGUUCCGUCAGAAUAUUUAACAAACAUUCACAUUAGGGAUAAGCUGGCUGCAAUCAAACUUGGCCGAUAUGGAGAAGACCUCCUCUUCUAUCUCUAUUACAUGAACGGAGGAGACGUAUUACAACUCUUAGCUGCAGUAGAGCUUUUUAACCGUGAUUGGAGAUACCACAAGGAGGAGCGGGUAUGGAUUACCAGGGCACCAGGCAUGGAGCCAACGAUGAAAACCAACACAUAUGAGCGAGGAACCUACUACUUCUUUGACUGUCUCAACUGGAGGAAAGUAGCUAAGGAGUUCCAUCUGGAAUAUGACAAGUUAGAAGAGCGGCCUCACCUGCCGUCCACCUUCAACUACAACCCUGCUCAGCAAGCCUUCUGAAAAGACUCCCUUUUCUUGGGGUAUGGCUGUCUCAGCACAAUACUCGACAUAACUGCAGAACUGAUGUGGCUCAGGCACCCUGGUUUAAUUCCUUGAGGAUCUGGCAAUUGGCUUACAUAAAGGGUCACCAUUUGAGGUCCUGCCUUACCAAUUAUGUGCUGCCCAACAACUAAAUUUGUACUUUGUUUUCUCUAGUUUGAGCAGGGUCUGAAUUUUCUCAUUUAUUUUCUUUUUGCCAGCAGACAGACUUGGGUCUAUAAAGACAAGCAAGUACACUGACAGAAGUUACCAUUUAGUUUCUUAAAUGUAAAAAAAGAAAACCCACAAAAGACUCAACAAAAUUAGACCACAAAAUUUGCAUUGUUCAUUGUAGCACUAUUGGUAAUAAAAGAGCAGAUGUUUGUGCGUUUUGAUGUGGAGAUCCUUCUCGUAUUUCAUUUGGAAAGAUGAGCAAGGUCUGCUUCUUUCUUUUUACUUCCCCUUGUGUUUCUGAAAGGCAGUUUCUCCAGGCUUACUGCAAGAAUAUGACUGUAGAGAGAUUACCACAGUCUCUGGUGGCUCCAGGGCUGUGUUGUUACUGAGCUUCAUCUUUCCAGAAUGAGCAAAACACUGUCCAGUCUUUGUUACGAUUUUGUAAUAAAUGUGUACAUUUUUUUUAAAUUUUGGACAUCACAUGAAUAAAGGUAUGUAUGUACGAAUGUGUAUAUAUUAUAUAUAUGACAUCUAUUUUGGAAAAUGUUUGCCCUGCUGUACCUCAUUUUUAGGAGGUGUGCAUGGAUGCAAUAUAUGAAAAUGGGACAUUCUGGAACUGCUGGUCAGGGGACUUUGUCGCCCUGUGCACUAAAGGGCCAGAUUUUCAGCAGCCAAGGACAUCCAUACCCAAGUGAAUGUGAUGGGGCUUCAAGACGUGAACUGAGACAAUUCACUCUGGCUGUGUGAACAGCAGCGUUUCAUAGGAAGAGAAAAAAGAUCAAUCUUGUAUUUUCUGACCACAUAAAGGCUUCUUCUCUUUGUAAUAAAGUAGAAAAGCUCUCCUCA